ACCAUUUCUCAUUUUAUCAAAACAGAUCAAUCUGCCAGCCCAAAUACAAUCAAAUCAAAUCGAAUCAAAAAUCAAAUGUAUAUGCCUACAUUAAAUCCAAGUCAAAGUCAAUGUAUCCAAAAUUGCAUAAGAGUCGCGUUAAGUGCGCCGUGAGCAUUUCUUGUCGCCAAAACCACUUGGUUGGAGCUCCGGCUCCCCGAUCCCUGGUACCCUGAAUCCAAAUCCUAUUCCGAUAUCCGAUCCAGGAGCCAGCGCCAGCCAAGUUAUGCCGGCGCAAGAAAUGACAUCUAGAUUAUCUCCAUUAUCGAUUAUCGAUUCUGACGAGCGAACCGAACAGAAGCGAACAGCAGAAUACGAUAAAAAGAAAACAGAAAGCAUACAGAAUAUUGUGUAUAGUUUCGAAUUGCAGAUCAUCACUACCAACAACAACAACAACAACAGCAGCAGCAGCAACAAGCGAAAUGUCGGCGGCCCGCCUGCCCUACUAUCAGCAGGAUCAGGACGAGGAUAGGGAUCAUCACCGGCGUGGCGGACGCGGCCAUCACCGUGGCUACUACGAUCGUUCCGCAGGCGGCUCGUCCCGGCGGGAGCGCACUCGCUACAGUCGCAGUCGUUCCCGCUCGAGAAGUCGCAGCCGUUCGGCAGAGCGCUUCGGUCAGCGCCGGCGGCGUCAGGAAAGCCAUCAGCAGAUGAGGCAGCAGUCCCGCUACCACAGGGAACACGAUUCCAGAGAUCGCUCCAGGGAUCGUUCCAGAGAUCGCUCUAGAGAUCGCUCCAGAGAUCGGUCAAGGGAUCACUCUAGAGACCGCUCCAGAGAUCGCUCCAGGGAUCGCGAUCGGGACUACUCGAGGCGCUCCAGCCAUUAUCAUCGCUCGGAGUCGCCAGCCGCAUCUAACAGCAACAGUCACAGCCAGCAACGAAGUCACUUGACCGGAAAAGCACAGAUGAACGCCGUUCACAAGGCAGCCGCUGCAGCUGCUGCCUCGGUAGAGCAAGCCCAGCUGGCCGGCAAGGGCAACGCCGCUUCUGCCGUUGGUGCCUACUAUAAUCUGGACACUGACGAGCCGUUCGACAAGGAGCGCAUCCACCGCGAAAUGGAGCAGAAACUGCGAGAAGCGCUGGCCAGGGAGGGAAAGGUUUACCCGCCGCCCAAACCGGAGCCACCAUCGCAUCCGGUCUUUGCCAACGACGGUUCGUUUAUGGAGCUGUUUAAGAAGAUGCAGGAGGAGCAGAAGCAGCAGGUGGGCGGCAGCAGCAGCAGCAGCAGCCAUCAGUUGCAACAGCCAGCGGCGGCGGAGGAGCUCCUUCAACAGCAGCUGAUCUCGACGGAGGCGAGUGCAGCGCCACCACUGCCAGCGAUUGCGGUGGGAGCGGCUAGCAGUGCUGCUGCUCCUUAUAUUGCAGCUGCGGCGGCUGGAAAACUGGCGCCACCACCGCCGCUCGUGGGACGACGACGCGGCGGAAAGGUGCUCAAAACGGGCGUUGUGGCCAAGCUGAAGACGCAAAACGAAAGCGACGUCGACCCCAAGGACUUCUGGUCCUUGUACCUGGCCGAGGUCAACAAAUAUAAGAGCAAUGCUUGUGACACGGACAACGGCAAGCGGCCGCUGGUCAAGUAAUCGCAGUCAUGUGAAUCCUGAACUUGAACGUAGAACGCAGAAGAGCUAACGUGAAACUACCCAGCUUUAUAUUCGCUUUUGAUUCGACCAAUAACCCAAAUCAGAACCUAGAUAAUCACUCCCAAAAACGAACAUUUUGUACACGAGAAUAAGCGAGCACAGUUCCGUAGUUUAUAGUUAUGUAGUUGAGGACCUUAAAGCUGCCACCGCGAGCAGUGUAAUUUGUAUUUUUUUUUAAUUCACACCGGUCGAAGGACGACUAGCCGCAGCCUCUAGACAUAUACACACACACACACACAAACACACAUAUUAACAUAAGCAUAUUCUAGACUGUAAGCGUAAAUUAAGAAGAAAAGAUCCAAACGAGAUGUAUCUCUCUAUAUAAUAUGAUAUAUACCGCUCAUUAAGCAUCCACCAACUUGAAGAACUAA